AUUAGUUUGACCCUGUCCAGCGCCUGUAGCUGCGGUCUCGCAAGCACAAGUCUCCCAAGCUAUAACGGCUCGCAUAACAUCACAACUCCGCGCACAUUAGCCUUCCCUCUGGCUCAAGUUGCCUGUCAUUACGCUUUCAUUGAAGGCUGCAGUUGAUUGGUUCCCGUAAGCAAUCCCUCCUUGAGUCGAUAGGGAAGAUGGCGGCGAGUGUUUUUGUGCUGUGAGCCGAGUCGUUCAGAACCACCGAGCGGUGUUGCUGUAUUUUUUUGUUUUGUUUUAUUGUUUUGGGGUCGGACAUGUGGCCUCGCUGAGUGAGACGUGGGGGGUCAGCCUAGUCCGAAGCCCUGCCGCUGACUGCAGAGCAGCUACACGCGUACAGAGAGGAGGAGGCCUGAGCCGGACAGUUUUAGAUUUUGAAAAAAUGAAGAACAAGAGAUUUAUGUUAGCUGGAAGUGACAAGCAGCAUAAAGAUGAUGAUGAUGAAAGAGAAGAUAACACCAGGACAAGUCUUGUAGCAUGUUUCGCAAAAGAGCGGUGUCCAAUAUGUUUGAAUUUUCUAAGAAAGGAUGUUGCAUAUCCUGAAAAUUGCUACCAUGCAUUCUGUUUCACCUGUAUUUUAAAGUGGUCUGAAACUUCCACUUCAUGCCCUGUUGACCGCAAACCGUUUCAUGCUGUUAUUAAAAUAGAUAAAGUUGUUGGAUGUACUAAGAUCCCUGUCAAGGUGAAAACUACACAAAGCACAGAACGAUAUUGCUGUGAUAGAAAACAGUGCUGUUCUUUUGGGAUUGAAAAUGACAACAUUUCUUUCAGAAUUGAUACAGCUAAAGAAAUUCCAGUUCAUAAUUGUAAAAGCAGCACUUCUGAGAAAAAACGGUCUCUUGCAGAAGAGAAAACUGACCUGAAAUUGAAGAUCAAAAGAUUAAGCUGGUCCAGUGCUUGUUGCUCUGGUGGCUUCUCAGACAUGUAUCCUCCUGCUCACCUUCCUGAUACACCUAACCAUGUUACUAGUGGUUCAUAUUUUUCACACGAUUCUGAAAUCAAUUUGAUCCAAAAGAAGAGAGAUGAACUUAGAUACUUCAGGACACCAGCUGUAGCUCGGCAGGCCCAAUGCAAUACACCUCUUUCUACUGAAACAGAAACACUGAUACUUCCACUGCCUUCCUUUACUUUUUUUGACCAUAUCUUCCCAUUAAAUCACUUUUCGGCCAGAAACAAAGAUUUCUCAAAGAGAACUUGUGCUCAUUCAGGCGCACAAGAAGGCACUGAAAAGAAACGGGCAGCUGGUGCUUCCAGUACAAGAGGUACAAGAAAAAAACCUGUUCAGUCAAGCACAAGGAGGAGAUCUACAAGAAAUAGCAAAAUUGAAGAUGACAGUCAACUUCAGAGUUCCCCAAAAUCUAGUAAUUCUGACCACAGUGCUACUGGCUGCAACAGCUCCUCCACAAAUGCAGAGUCAUCUGAAAAGGUAGUAAAGCCCCCACCUAAACAAAGGAAAAAAACAUCUAAAAAACGAUCACAGGUUAGAAAAAGGCUUAGAUCCAACACACGUGCACAGGAAGAAUCUGAUGAAAGUAAGGAAAAUUCAGGCAGUGAAUCAGAACAAAGUUAUCAAAAGAAGCCAAAGACAUCCAUGGAAAGCUCUUCAGAUAUGGGACACACGGACACAGAUACCUCUGCUGAUCAUGUUGCUGAUAUGUGUGAGCAUCAAAUAGAUGAACAGUCUUCAGAUAUACCAGUUUCUGAUACUGACAAACAGUUUGAUGAACAACAUUCCUCUCUCUCUCCUCAAAUACAAUCCUCUGAUAAAAUUCAACAUUCACCUGACUUCCAAAAUGAGGAUAGUUUUGAUAAAGACAUUGCAUCUUCUCCUGGGUUAAACAAUGGACAACAUUUAGGUUCUGUACCAGAUUCUCCACCUUCUGCAGAGCAUAUUGUUUUAUCUGAAACUGAUUCUCAACUAGAUGCUGCAGGAAACAUUAGUUUGUGUUCGGAGGAAAACAAUUAUCCUGGCACUCAAGAAACAGAGAAGCCCCAAGAUUUACAGACUUCAGAUUUUGCUUCAGAACAAUCUGAUGGAGAGGAUCUGGAGCAUAACACACAUUCUAAAUCUUUGUCUGCUUCUGAAACUUUUCUAGAGUCUGAAAAUGCAGCAGGUUUACCACUGAUGUCAAUGGAAAAGUGCCAUCAACUAGAGGAAAAUGACUCUGCAGAUUACAUAGAAGAUAGAUUACAAUGUGAAAAGGAUGAAUCUGAUGGAAACCCUUCAUCAGUCACUGAUAGCCAUUCCAUAGUAAACAAACCCAGUGAUUUCCCUGUUUCACAUAAUGGACAUAACUCUCCUCCUUCAUUAGAAAGCACUGUUGUGUCACAGAUAGAUGAGGAAUUUCUAUGUUUUUCUGCCUCAGAAAAACGGGAACAGUCCAAAGUUGGUAAUUUUGCAGAUAUUUUGUUAAAGGAGCAAUCUGUUGCUUUAGAAGCAACUUGUGAGUCAUCUGUUUCUGAAAUGGAAAGUUGCAGUGAAUCUUUGCUUCAGAAUAAGUUGUUACCAACAAAAGAAGAUGAUGACACAGCAGGUGGCUUUUCAGAGCAUAAAGAAUGUUUUGGGGAAGAAGCUAGUACAGCAAGUUUACAAGAACAUAAGGAAAAACCUAACUUUGUUUCUAUAAAUGUAACCGAUCUCCCUGAACAAUCAAACUUUGCACAAAUGCACGUCAAAGUGGAUGAUUGUGAAAAGCCAGUAAAUGUUGGCAUGGAAAGUAGUACAAGAAUGCAUGAAAAUUUUGAAAGCACUAUAAACACAGGUGUUGAUUUAGAAUCUCACAAAUUGAGUGUUAAUGAGAAUGGUGAUAAGUCGGAUCUCAAUCCUGAGCAAGAAUAUUUUUGUAAAAAUGAUAAAUCUGCUUGUGAUUUUGUUAGUGAAAAACAAUGUGAAAUGGACAGUAUUCAAGAUGUUAUGGACAAGGAAACUCUAAAAUCAGAAUCAGAUUCUCAGGUGUCUGAAAAGGAAGAAAAAAGUAAUAUUCAAAAAACAGAAUCGAAAGAAAUUAAUGAAAAGCUUAAAAAAGAAACACGAACCAGGAAAUCUAGGUUUCAUUCUCCAUCAACGACAUGGUCUCCUAGUAAAACUGAUCUAAAAGAUAGACCAAGAUCUCGUUCAAGAUCUAGAGCACGGGACUCUCCAGCUAAAAGAAGGUCUAGAAGCCGCAGUAGGGACAGAGAGCGAGAUCGUGGUGGACAGUGGAAAGGGCGAAGCAGAGACCGUAGACAUAGGAGACAGUCUAGGUCUAGAUCUAAAAGUCGUUCUCGCUCAAGAUCUGGAUCGCGUCCCCGAAAUAGAAACAGAUUUUCUGCAUCUGAUCGAAACAAUGAUAGCCAUUCUCCACACUGGAAAGACAGGCGGUCACAUGAAAACUGGAGAGGUUCUAGAGGACAUGAAAGGUACAGAAGAAGUGAUAAUGAAAAACCUAAUGAGCAUCUACGACGGAAUGAGCAGUAUAAGUCAAAUGAAUAUUCAAGACGAAAUGACCAAGCAAAGUCAAAUGAGCACUUGCAUCGCAGUGAGACAGAAAAAAGGUGGAAUGAAGCAGAAAAGCACGGUGAUCAUUUUCGGAGAAAUGAGUCUGAGAAGACUGCUGAAAAUUAUCAACUAAAUGAGUUAGAACAAAAUAAUGACCAUUUUCCUAAAAAUAAAGCAGAAGUGCCCUCUGACCAUUCUCAGCCAAAAGAGCUUGAAAAGUCCACCAAACAUUUAAUGCACAAUGAACCACAAAAGCCCAGUGAACAUAUCCUGCAGAAUGAGCCAGAUAAUCACAGUAAUACUCUCCGACAGGAUGAAUCGGAUAGGCCCUCUAUCCCUUUCCAAAAGAAUCCAUCUGAGAAACCCAAUGACUGUUUCCAGCAGGAGCCUGAGAAACGCAGCAACUCUUUCUGGCAAACUGAGCCUAAGCAGCAUAACGACUCUGUCCAGUCUGAUGAACCAGAAAAGACCAACUUCUUUCACCGCAAUGAGCCAGAAAAGUCUGGAAAUCAUUUCCAGAGGAGUGAACAUGAAAGGCCCAGUAACAGCUUCUGGAGGAAUGAGCAUGAUAAGUCUAGUGAUCAUUGCCGGUGGAAUGAAUCUGAACAAAAUCGCAGUAAUUUCUGGAGAAAUGAGCCUGAGAAGCCGGACAACCAUUACUGGCCAAAUGAGCCAGAUGAACCAAAUGAGCAAUUUAGAGACGAAAAGCAGAAUAUGAAUAGAGAGAGAUCUGAGCAAUAUCCUGGAAAUAAAAAUCAUUAUCCAGAUUGGGUGGCAGAAAAUAACAAACCCUCUGAAAAAAGAGGAAGAGGAGCAAAUCGAUCAAGAGGCUAUACUAGGGGAUCUUCCUGGUCGGAUAACCAGUACCGUUCAGGGGAUUCAUGGAAUAGAAAUAUAAAUUCAGAGUGGAGGGCACCUAGAGGUCGUGGAGGUCGUGGUAGAGGUGGGUUCCGUGGUGGAUUAAGCUGUGGUGACCAAAAUGAAAAUCAUUGGAACUCUAGACAGCCUUUCUCAGGAAAUUUUGGGCCUGAGCCUUCUGGAUUAACAGAAAAAAAUUUUAGGCCCAAAUAUGAACCAGAACCUCCCAACCCACCUGCUGACCGCUCUGGAUGGUCAUCUGCAUCAAGCUGGGCUGUAAGGAAAACAUUACCAGCUGAUGUUCAAAGUUAUUAUUCAAAGAGGGGGAAAAGCAAUGCAGGCCCGCAGCCAGGGUGGUCAAGACAGGAAGUGUCUCAGGAUCAAGAUCAAACCAUUAAGGAGCCUGCAAGUCAGCAAAGUGAAGCAUCCCAAGUGUCUGUAAAUAUCUUACAGCCUCAAGUGAAUGUAGUGCCUCAGCAACCUAUGAAUAUUUUCCCAUAUCCAGUGGGCGUCCAUCCUCCCAUGGUAAACAUCCAACACAAUCCAUUUAAUAUUCCUCCACAGCUACCCAUGCAUCUACACCCUGGGCUGCCUAUAGUUCAAGUUACUGCUUCUACCACAGUUCCUCAGGGACUGCCACCACCUCCACCACCUCCACCACCAACGCAACAAAUUAACUAUAUUGCUUCACAGCAAGAUGGAAAACACUUGCAGGGCAAUCCCAGUGCUUCUCAUGUAAGCAGUAACCUGAGUGCACCACUCUUGCCUGCUCCAACAGCACCCCAGGGAAUUGCUGGAACUAUGCUGGGACCAAAUUCUGGUAGUGUUGCUACCUCAAGUUAUCCAGUUAAAGUUUCUGCAAGAAAAGAAAGCAUAACAGUGGAGGCCACUGCAGAUAGCUCCAAGAAGGAAAAGAGAUUGCAAAUGCAGGAGAGAGCAGCACAGGAAGUCAAAAUAGCCAUAAAACCAUUUUACCAAAAUAAAGAUAUAACAAAGGAGGAAUACAAGGAAAUUGUAAAGAAAGCAGUUGAUAAGGUUUGCCACAGUAAGAGCGGAGAAGUGGAUUCAUCCAAAGUUGCAAAUCUUGUAAAGGCUUAUGUAGACAAGUACAAACAUUCUCGGAAAAAAGGGGACUGAUAAAACAGUUUGAAAUUGAUCUUUUUCUUCGAUCAUGAGAGUCAAAUGUUGGAUAUAAUUGUGAAAGUGCAAUUUCAGCGUCUCAUCUGAAUUGUUCGCAGCCAUUAUUGGAAUCAGGUUUUGAUAAAAUUAAUUUUCAGUGUAGAAAUGUUUGAUUACAUUUAGUGAUCUUUCCCUCCCUCCCCCCCCCCCCCCCAAAGCCACCCAUGCAUUUUGUUUUUACUAGCAAAGAUAUAUGGUUUAAUAAUGAUGUACAGCAUUUUGACUUAAUUAUGUGUGUAAAAUUAGAGAUGUCUUGAUACUUGGUUCUCAACCAGGAACUGUAUGUACAGUACAUGUAAUCUGUUUGGGUAAAAUUUCUGAUCACAGAACUCACCUUGAUUGUGUUUUCCUCUAAUUGUAGUGAAUUGUUUUUCUGAAAUCAUUUUGAGCUUAACUGGACACACUGAACUUUCAGUGUACAUGAUGUAUUAAACUGUCUGAAUCUUGAUAGAGAAUCUGUUUAGAAAAUAAACUUUCAGAAUAACAGUAUGCUACAGCAAAGCUGUGUCCAAUAAAUAUAUAUAUUUUUUUAAGAUGGGCACCACCUAUGGCAACACCAAAUAAAUACUAUGCUGCUUGUU